CCAUCCAGCCAGCCAACAAAAAAAACGGCCAAACAAAACAGUUGCAAUCGUGAGUGCAAAGCGUGUGAACGUAAAUUUUCGGAUUGAAAUACGAUUUGAAAAAAAAAAAAAUACAUCCAAACAAGAAGAAGGAAAUCGAACCCAUCGUUCGUUUUUUGAAUUGCGGAAAACAAAUUGUGUUUUUCUUUUGUCACAAAAAGGAAAUAUCUAAUAAAAACGAUUUUCCAAAUCAAUCAACCCUACGAUUCGAAAGGAAGGGGGAAAAAUAAGAAAUAUUGAAAUUUGUUGCUAGUAAGCUUUUGCUUUUUUUGUGAAAGUUUUUGAAUUUUCAGUGACAAAAUAUUGAAUCAAAAAAAUUGAAGUGAAGUGAAAUAAAAAUUGUUGAUGUUUUGUAAAAGUUUUCGUUUGUUUUUUUUUUAUUUGCUGGUGUUCGCUUCAGUUCACAUCGUGCCUAGACGUGCAGUGAAAAUUAAUAAACCCGCUUUCAGGCGACAAAAAGCAGGAGAAAGAAAUUAGUAUUGUGUUGUGAUUUGAAAAAGAAAAGAAAAAAAAUAAAAGCGAAUUACAAUUAGUCCGACCCCCAAAGUGCUGCAGGGGCUUUCUUUGUCCCAGUCACUGCGAGAGUGCAUAUCAAAUUCUGGGCGUUAAUUAAGCCAUCAUGAAUUACAGAAUAAUUAACACAUAACGAAACAAAGCUGAAUCUAACCACAAAACAAAUCAAAAAAAUAGGCAAUUGGUGAACCAGAAAACACCUUCGUUUUCAUUAAUCAAAUCGCAGCAAAAGAAAAAAGAAUAAAUAGCUAUACUUCUAAUCUUGCCCUGUGGCACGAACAACAAUAACGACAAAUUUAUGUCUUUCGACACCAUAUGACAACCCAGCUUGAUGUUCUGUAAUUUGUGUGUGCCAGACAUUUGAAUUCAUUCAAAACCAGCAUCAUUAUCACCACCUCUGUUAACACUAAAAGAACAACAAAAACAGCAAUCAUGGAAUAUAUAAAUAUGGAUAAACGUUUCAAAAUCUCCAAAAUAUUAAUUGCGAAUUUAAUAUUCCUUCUCCUGUUUGCUCUACUGAUACCGCAAUGUUGGUCCUUCGGCUAUGAUUCAUCGUCAUCAUCGUGUAGUCCAAACACCAAGCAAUCACGUCGGGGUCGGGCACAAAUGUUGGCCGCCAUACCAUGUGAUCUUCUAACCCAGGCCUAUUGUACUCAGCCGGGUUCAGCGUAUCCCUGGCAUGCUGUGCGGCGUUUUGUCCACGAAAAUCAGGGACUCAUGAAGCGGAUGUAUGGCGAUGUCCGUCAUAUAUCUGUGUUACGCGAAGAAAUCUAUAAUAAUGAAAUUGAUAUUGAUGACAUUGAAGCGGCCACCGAAAGGUAUUCCCGUGAUGGUUAUAAUCGACGAGCUUCGAAGUUAAUGCAUCAUCGUGAAGAUUUUGAUAAUUUUAAAGUUAACGAACGGGUCAAUGAUAUUUUAAGAGAUCCUCACUUUAGGCCGGUAUCAACGACGACGACGACGGCAACUUCCAGGAAAACGACUACAACCGAACCGCCAGCAACCACAUUGAAAACGAGCACCACCGAAGAUGUAGAAUCAACGGUUAUGGCCAAUGAUGAGGAGACCACCACACUGGCCAGCAGUACUGCCUCCAGUGUAACGACCACAACUAAAGGAACUACCCCAAAACCAAAUGAUGUUACAAAUGCAGAUUUAAAUACCACCAAUGACGAGGAGGAGGAAGAUGGCGAAAAAUCCAUCAACGACACCACAAAGUCAUCCAAGUCCAAGUUAUUUGAAAAUCAAAUUAAUCCCGACGAAGAAGACGAUGAUGAUAUGACCACAUCCUCGGAUCGGGAAGAUGAUUUAGAUGUCAUAAAUAUUGAAGUGAAUAGCGUUUUCGAGGAAACCGGUGAUGAUGUUCCACCGACUGAACUAACGGGGGAUAAUAUUGAAAUUGUGCCAUCGCCUCAGCUGGGUUUGAGAAAUCUAACCACAGAAAUUCCAAGCACCACUCCACCUAGUAAAACAGACAGAACAACAACCGAGGCAGCAGUAACUACUACGACAAGUAUACCCAAUACUUCCAGUGCAGCUUCAACAACCGGUGGAACUACAAGGAGGACUAAAACAACCGAAACCACGACUACUGCAGCCACCACCACCACCCAAAAACCCGAAAUCGUUGCCGAAAGAUCGCCGAUCAAAAAGGAACGAAAACCUUUCGUACCCUCCUCCACGAGAUUGCAUCAAAGGCCACAACAACAACAACAGGGACAAAAAGCGGAAUCUACAAUUUCUGCCAAAUUAAAAUUGAAAAUCAAUCCCACCCAAGCGACACCGACCAAAGUGACCAGCUCUUCCACCACCACCAUGACUCAUAUGGAUAAGGCCUCUUUGAAUGCCACUACACUGACAACGCCCCUCACAUCGAUGAAAACUUCACCCUUCAAAAGUCAUUACAACAAAAACUUUAAUCGUUAUACAACAACACAUCAUCAUCACCAAAACAACAAUAACAACAAAUACAAUGUACAGCCAUCAGCAGCACCUCCGGUGGCAACUUCAACACCCACCCAGCCAAAUAUUAAACCCAAUGCAGAUCUUCUAUUGGGCGAGAAAAUACGCAGAACCGGAGUGAAUAUAACUCCUCCCUCGGUGGCCUCGAAUAAACCCAUCAUAAAAGAAGGCCAACUAUUUCAGGAUACCAUGAAACAGGAACAACCGGCCCCCGUUUUGAAUGUAAAAGGAGUCAAUGCCUGCCCGGUAAAGGAAGAAGUGGUCGCACCAUUCUGGGCCAACAACACCCGCGGCGAAGUACUGGCUCUACUCAAUUUGUAUCCGUUCGAACAGUAUGUACACUGGGAGAAAUGUACCCACGAACACAAGCAGAUGUACUGUCGUGAAGGUUGCCGCUGUGAACAGCAAUAUCGUCUGCAUCGCCUGCUGGCCUAUGAUCCGCACAAUGAAUGUCGUGGCAUAUUUUCCGAUUGGUUUAGAUUUCCAUCGUGUUGUAUAUGUAAAUGUUAUAAUAUCCCAUUGGACUUUCGGGCCACCUCAAGGUCGCCACGAUCCGAGGGUGGCGUAGGUGGUGGCAGCGGUGGUGAGGAUUAUCGACAUCCCAUAGAUAUUGCUGAGGAACAGGUUAAAAAUGCCAUCUAUGAACAUGCCACCGAAGACUGGUAUCGGCCAAAGGAUGAUUUUGAUUUCUAUGAAGGUUAGGGGGUGAAGCAGAGCCUUCUUUCUUGAGGCAAUGAUAUUUUUUGUUUGUUAUAGAUUUUAUGGUUUUGUUUUUUUUUAUUCUAUAAGGUUUUUUAUAAAAUGUUUUUGUAAACUAGUCGAAGAAAAAUUUGUUAAAAAUCUGUAAGAUUCUCUUUAAAUUUUUAAUUGGCAUUUUCUGUUGUGGGCCAUGUUGGGACCUAAAGUGCAUUUAUAAUUGCCAAACUGCAUGGAAUUUGUUUAGUUUUUAAUUGUCCUUGAGAGGCAAUGCUUAAAUAAGGAGAGUCUAAUUAGAAUAAGAUUUUACGAAUUAUUUGUAAUAUAUAUAUUUUAAGUGAA